GUGGGAUAACACUCAGGAUCAUUUUUUUUUAACAGACAGGAUGUGAAGAUGCCUGUGCUGGAUAUCAAGUGCAAAGAUGUAUAAUGUAUUGCUGGUGAAACCCGGGAUAUUGUGAAACACUACUAAAGAUGGAACCAGAAACGGAAGACCAAGAGCAGAGUGGUAACUUGGCCCCCUGGUCAGGUUCAGAUGGGUCCCAGGAGAUUUAUGUGUCUGGGUCUGUGGUAGAGUCCCACAAUGAAGAUGAAGUCAGCGAAGCAGAGUACCCGUUAGAGCCAGAAAGUACUUAUAUCUCCAAGUAUGACCCUGACUCCCCAGGACACCUUCAAGAAUGGGAAUCUGCAGGUGAGCAACAGUCCCCGCCUGAACUUAGUGGAAGUGAAGAAGAAGUAUCAUAUCAGGAAGAGGAUGACAUCUACCUUAGUGAGUCGAGAGAGUCUCCUCACAUCCAAACCUCACAAACAUCCCUGCAUCCAGAGUGCACAGACUCAGAGGAUCAUGCUGGCAAGAUAUCACGGCCACAUUCCCAGUCUUCUUUCUCCUCUCUUGGCUGUGCUGCUGAUAUGACCAUGGCCUUGACCCUGACCACAGGACAGCCCACGGGAGCCAGUAAUAGAAAAGGCCCAGAGACUGGAAACAGCAAGCUUGAAUCUUCAGAGGAAGGAGGGAGCAGUGAAGCACCUCCUGCUUCUGUCUCCUUUGGAAUUUCAGAUGAGGGUGCUGAGCAGGCAGAGAAGUGGAACUCGGAGUCUGACACAGAUCUGUGCAGACCAGACAGGCAGAGGGCAAAGUACACACGGCUCAGUCGCAGCGAGAGCCAGUCAGAAAGGCAUGUCAAGGAGACCAAGUCUAAAUGCAAGAGAAUUGCUCGGCUUCUAACCGAUGCGCCAAACCCCCAAAAUAAGGGAGCCCUGCUGUUCAAAAAACGCCGGCAGAGAGUCAAGAAGUUUACGCUUGUGAGUUACGGAACUGGUGACAACAAGGUUGACAGUGAAGACCAAAUAGAGGAGGGGGCUGAAGAAGUUAGAUCAGCCGGGUAUAACUUUGUGGCCACCAGUGAUUCAGAGUUAGAGGAGCAGUACUCUCUUUAUCCGCAGCAGCACAAUUUGAGUCUGAAUUGGGGAAGUGUUCAAGAAAUGGAUGCUCUACCAGAGACAAAAGGGAAGGGAGUUUUGAUGUUUGCUCAGCGGCGCAAACGAAUAGAUGAAAUUGUUACCGAGCAUGAAAAACUGAGGAGUGAAGGAUUACCUGUGGAAGUAUUAACAGAACCUGACUGUGAACAAGCACAGCAAAUUUACGACACUGAGGAAAUGUACGCGCAUGCUGAUCAGGCAGGUCAGAGUUAUAUGAAUGCAAAUCUCAAGCAGCAUGGAGAAUACCAAGAAGAUUUCCAGGACAUGAACCAUCUGUCCAAUGUACCAAAACCCUUGGUACCAAACAGAACUGCAAGGCCUUUUCUAGGAUUUCAAGAUAGCCCAAGUUCUACCCCCAUACCUGGGAGUGUUGUUCCAGUUACAAAGAAACACGAAACAAGAUUUAAAGUACCUGUGCCUAUUAACACUAACGCACAGGUUUGGUCUCCAACUGGAGACAUAAUAGCCUCAAGAGAUGAGCGAAUAUCUGUGCCAGCCAUCAAAACUGGCAUCCUACCAGAAUCAAAACAGAAAGCCACUAAUAAACAGUCAUCUGUGCGGGCACAAUAUUCAGAUCUUCACACUCAAAACAAAGGGGAAAGGAGGUCUUAUAUUGAUUCGGAGGAGGACUGUUUUAGUCUAGGUGCUGAAGCUUGUAAUUUCAUGCAACCCAGAACAAUAAAACUCAAGAAUCCCCCUCCAGUAGCCCCAAAACCCACCCUCAACCCAAACUGUCCACCAUGGAUGAGAAGGAGCCCCUCCAGCGAGCCCAAUAUUCCCCCAAGAAGUCCAGUUUCACAACCUUCGCACAGUCCCGUGGGUCCUCAUAGUCAGAAUUACUUACAGCAACAAGACUGGGCUCAGCUUCAACAGAUGGCCAACCGCUGGGCACCAGAUCAAACUCAGGCAACACUUCAAACACCUACUAAUGCCUGGGCUCCGGACAGCUCUUCUCAGCUUCAUCUGCAGCCAACCACAAAUAGCUGGAGUCAACAGCAGCAACGAUCCCCUGUGAGUAUGCAGGCCCACAGUCCUACUUACAGACCACAGUAUCCAACUUCACGCUCAAAGAACAAGGCAGACAGCACUUCACACUCAAUUGCCUCUUGCCCACCACAAGCAGGGAAGUCAUAUAUCCACUUGUCAAAAGCACCACAGUUUUCUCCAAAGGGUCGGAUCUCAGACAGAGGUACCAGUUGGGCUGGUGAUGGCCCAGCUAUGACUGGAAAAGGUGCAGAAUUGUUUGCCAAAAGACAGUCCCGUAUGGAGAAGUUCAUUGUUGAUGCUGAAACAGUGCAAGCAAACAAAACCAGAUCCCCCUCCCUGACCUCAUCCCUCCCGAACUCUUGGAGGUAUUCAUCAAAUAUUCGAGCCCCACCUCCAUUAUCCUACAAUCCCCUUCUUUCUCCUUUCUAUGCUGCAGCCAAACAACCCCCUUCCACAAGCCCAAAAGUCAAUGUCAAGACCAAAGAGAAAUCUAAAUCAUCCCCCAAGCAACUCAACUCUUUAGAUAUAAUGAAACAUCAGCCUUAUCAGUUGAACUCAUCACUGUUCAAAUAUAAUGUGGUGCCUGGAACCAAAAGCCCCACCCCCACCCCCAGCCCCACCCCCAGUCCCAAACCAGCCCCAGUGUCAAAGUUUGAGGUUACCAAAAACCUUAAACUUAGAGUUGCCUCUGCCACUUCUCCUUAUAAUGCCUCUGAGCUUGCUGUUGAAAGCAAGGCAGAAGUCCCAACUAAGUCACCUGGAUCGGUAAGUUCCCAAAGUUCUUCUGCCCAAAACACAAGAUCGGCUGAGCCUCUUGCAAUUGACAAGCACGUGGAUAAAAAGCACACUGCAGCACCUGCAGCCCAUCGCUUAACCAAAAAGCCAGCACACAGCGCCAGACCUGCAAGCACAUCCUCCCAGCAGCCAUCUGCUGCUGACAGCAUAGCUUCAGCUUUCUCUCCUGCAUCUCUUAUUGCUAGAGGCGCACGUCAAUUGGCUCCUUGGCCAAAGUUUUCUGCUAAGAAGCCAGUGGUGACAAGCAAACACUGGAAACCUGUAGCCAUGCUACAUUAAUUCUUGUACUGUAUAUGGUCUUGUUUUGGUAUAGUCAACACUGAGACAGUAAUUACAUAGUUAUCUGCAACUUGGCAGCCUCUAAUGUGUCUUAACAGGUGGAAAUAUAGAGUCCUUUGCACUAAACGUAGGCCUCAAUUGGAAUAAUUUGCAGCUAUAGAGAUCUGUUUAGCUGGCAAUGUAAGGAAACAACUUAAGGUACAGUUAAGCUCUUUUAAAUCUGUGACAGAUAAAUUCAACAUAAAGUACAACAAAUAAACACAUUAGCACAUAACAUAAUGUCCCUGACAAUUGGAGAAAAAGGGAAAAGCAAAACAAAAUAAUGUAGAUUCUUGUGAUGUGCUAUGUCAUGUGCAAUAAUGUGUGCAGAGAGUCCUGUUCUGCCACAA